AUGUCUACCGUGACACCAGAGAUUCAAGCGCUUUUAAACCCAGUAGUGGCAACACUCAAGCGACACCAAAUCAACGAUGACAAGGAGAGUGCUUUAGUUAUUGCGCAUCUAUUGAUGAAAGUUAUAUCAGCAGCAAGGUGGACUAACACUUAUGACUUGAUCAGUUUGAUUAGAAAAGUGGGCACAAUCCUCCAUUCGGCAAAUCCUUGCCAGAUUAUACCGGGAAACAUUGUAAGACGUGUUCUUGCCAUCAUACGUGAAGAAAUUGAUACUGGAUUAGAGACAAAUACCGUAACUGAUUCCACCACCAAUGCCAAUUCCAAUGUGCCCAUGAUGAGCUCAAUGUUUAGCUUGUUAACGACGACAACCAAACAAGAAGGUAGAAAGGAACAACAGGGUACUCCCCAAACAAAGAAACAAACGAGCGAUAUGAGAAGCAUAAUCAUUCAAGGGAUCAGAGACUUGGUUGAUGAAAUAUCCAACUUCAAUGACGACUUGAACAAUAUGGCAAUCGACUUGAUUCACGACAAUGAAGUGUUGCUCACCCCGACUCCUUCAUCGGACACCAUAUUGCAUUUCUUAACCAAAGCCCGUUUAAAGAGAAAAUUCACCGUUCUAGUCACUGAAAACUUCCCCAAUAAUCUACAAAAAACACAAACCUUUGCUAAAAAAUUGGCUGACAAUAAUAUAGAAACAGUGAUAAUACCUGACACCACAGUCUACGCUGUGAUGUCGAGGGUAGGUAAGGUCAUUAUUGGCGCUAAUGCUGUAUUUGCCAAUGGUGGGUGUUUAUCACUGAGUGGUGUUGCUAGUGUUGUUGAAUGCGCCAAAGAACACAGGACUCCUGUAUUUGCCGUAUCUGGUUUAUACAAAUUAUCGCCAUUGUACCCAUUCACAAGAAACGAUUUGAUUGAAGUGGGCAACUCGGGAAAGGUGCUCAGUUAUGACGAUUUUGAAUUGAUCGAUAAUGUUGAAGUGGUGGUUAAUCCGUUGGAGGACUAUGUACGACCAGAACACAUUGACAUAUUUAUUACAAAUGUGGGAGGGUUUGCCCCUUCGUUUAUAUAUAGAAUAGUGUUGGAUAACUACAGAUCAGAAGACAACAAAUUGGAUUAG